AUGUCCGUCACCUCGUUCCUCCGCCGCUUCUCGAUCGACGCGGAGGCGGCCGGCGGUUCCUCUUCUUCCUCGGCUCCGGGCUCCGCGAGCAGCACUGGCGCCACGAAACGACGCGGACGGAUCGCCGCGUCGAUCGACUCGGCCCGUCGACGAUUCUCGCUUCAGCACGGCUCCGGCACGUGCAGGGACCACGAUCCCGUCCAUUUGCAGUCGAUCGCAUUGCGAGGGAGGGGACGCGGAGAGAACGGAAGUCUGCCGGAUCUCAUCGAGGUGAGCUUCUUUUCAAUUGGGUCACUUUGCAACCCGAAUCUAUUGUUAGUACUGUCCCACGUGAAAGCUCUUCGGCGCGCGGUUUGACAGUAUUCAUAUUCAUCGUUUGGGCAUUACCAAGUAAAUUACCAUAAUCUUCCUCUUCUUCUUUCCCUCUCAAAUCGCAGUCAAUUUGCUCGCCAGUGAAAACGUCGAAAACACUCUUCCGAAUAUUUUUUGAUGAACUCGAAAUCCGAUUCGGUAUGUUUUGGAACUUUUGGGCAUGGAAUGCGAGCGGAAAAGAGUCGAUUAGGUUAGGGAUUUCCACCAGUUUUUCAAAACUUUUUCACUGCUUCAUAAACUUGAUAAACUCACAAGUUUUGAGUUGGCCCUAGUAACAUGCAGUCUCUCAUAGAUCCUUUAAAAUUAUUCACUGAUUCAAGUACUAAUAAUAUACACCGAAAAGAGUCCAAAAAGACAAUGAACAGAAAUAUGAGCAUAAAAGUAACACAAUUCCGUUAGUUCUUAAAGUUGAUACAUGUAUUGAGUAGUUCGUUAUGUACUUGAAGGCAGCAUGAAACUGACUAGUCAAUAUCAUCAAGUUAAACAAUCGUUUAUGACUUCAAAAGUCCCCCAAUCUAUCAGAAAAGUCAUCCUACCAAAUGUAAAGUGUUCUUCUUGAAACAAUAAAAACUUUGUUCGUGUGUUCUAUCGCGAACCUCCAAAACACAAAAAUGAGCAUCCGAAAAUAGUGCCCCCCCCCCCCAAAACUCGGUUAUAAAACUGAGGGAAAAAGGGGAAUAAAAUUGCAUAAAAACGGGCCGGAUACCUCUUUUUUCCCCCCGGCCUCUUCCGUCCUUGUCUAAACUAAACUCGAAUAUUCUUUUGUCCUCCUCUUCUUUUUCCACUCGGAUUUAUGUGAUGGGCUCCGCGACGAGCCGCCCUUCUUUGCACUUUUCCUCCGUUUUCCAGAACUUUUCCCCACUUUUUCCGAGACAAUGAACACACAAACAAUAUCACGGAAAAAGUUUUCUUUUUUUUCCCGCAUUUUCCAGUGAUGAUUCAGCAGCGAAUCAAAUGAAAAUGAAAACAUUGCGCCUUCCAAUACCAUCGGCUCUGUUCCAAUAUACGCUGACAUUUGUGUCACCAUUCGAAAAACUUGUCGGGUUUGUCGUAGUUUAAUUGCAGUUUCGCAAACAAUUCAUGUUUUUUUUUCUAGCUUGAAACAGAAGAAAAGUUUGCGAUAUGGUUGGCAAAUUUUACCGUUUCCAAAUGCUGACAAGUAUGCUCUUUCAUCCUCUUUACAAUUCAUUUGUCACUUUCCCCAAGACAUCUCUUCUCAAAAGGACCAUAAUAGGUUCUAAAUGCAAAAAUAAAGUGAAAUAGGCUCUGGAAGCCAAAACCUGUACUAUUUUCUUUAUCUGGCUACUCGAGGAACACGUGAAUAGCAUUGACUAGGGUAAAACUAAGCUCCCAAAUGGUACCUUUAUAAUAUCUGACCUUCUUCUCCUCUUCUCCUUUGCCUUUCUCGUCCAUUCACAAGUUCGUGCCUAAUCCGACCACUUCAGGCAGGACCGUCCUCCCUUUUUCUCCUUCUUUCGACGUAUUCCCACGCAUAAACACACACUUCCCCGCUUCCGUUUUCCAUUGUGCACACUCUUUUUUUUUCAUUUUUUUUUCAUUUCGUCCAAUUGUUCUAGUUUCUAGAGAGAUGCGAGUAUUACAAAAACUGGGAUUCUGCCUUGAUAAACAGGUGAGAAAUGGAUGGGGAGUGACACAGUUUCAAAUGAAUGUAUCUCGGCUGCGGGUGGAGAUAUCAAAACGCUGUCAAUUGAUGAAAUGUACAAAAUGUGUUACGGAACAUUUUAUCAGUUUACAACUUUUUGAUAUCUCUACCCACAGCUGAGAUACGACGCUUCAAAUAUACAGUAAGUUGUUAUCAGCACUUACUACGAUAUGUGGUCGUUCUGCUCACUAUCAGAGAAAUGUCUAGAUAAAGAUGAUAUCAGUUAGAAACAGUGGAUUUCAUAGAACGCGUCAAAAACAUGUUUACCUGAAAUUGCAGAAGCGGGAAACGCCUCCGACGUCCGGAGCAGCGGGUGCAUCGGCGACGAAGCGUGUUUCCGUGAUCGCAACCGACCGGGACCGCGCCUAUUUUCUGCGACAGAAGAACAUGCGACACAACAAGAACGGAUGGGAGAAGGUCAGUCCUCAAUUUCAAUAUUUUUUCAUCUAAGCAGCGAUUCAAGUGAACUGAUUGAAACGGAAAUUUCAAAAAAAAAAACAGUUUAUGAAACAGACAAUCUGUGCAAAGAAAGGUGUGAAAGUGUCAUGUAACCGAACGAGCGGGACCAUCAAUCGUCGUCGUUCCCAAUCAAUCAGUCGGGUCACUCUCUGGCUCCCUUCUCUUUCUCUCUCUUUCUCUUUCUCUCCGUUCGCCAACUCUCCAGAGAAUUCCGUUUCGUUUCGCAAUGAUUUAUAGUCGGGCGGCGCCGGCUCUCCGCGACUCUUCCCUCCCUUAAAGUGCUCUUUUCACACUCUUACACUGUUUUCCUCCCCCAUUUCGUGGCCACAUUAGCCGCAACCACCGCAAAAACGAUUGAAUCUCGAUGAGAACGAGUUCUUUGAGCACGAAAGAAGAGCAAAUGACACAUGACUCUCCCUCUCUCUCUCUCUCUCUCUCUCGCUCUUUCUUCCACACUUUUAUCCUGUCCCAAGCCGCUCGAACUACGAAAUUCAAUCGAAUCGCGUCAUUUUCAAGUCAAUUUUCUUCUGCACAACUUGUGAGAUUGACUGAUUCAAAGUGUGCUUAUCAAAAGUUACUACGGCUUUGAAACAGUUAACCAGCUAUUAUAUCUCAACGUUUGUGGCCUAUGGGGCUUAGCGGUAGAGCAAAAGUGUCAGAAUUUCGACAAUAUACUUUUUAUGAGCUUUAUUUUCCCUAGAAAAUUGGACUUUCAACGUUUUGGAAGCCGCGUGAACUUGAACAGUACAAUUUAGAUGCGAAUUUCACAAAAUCUAAAACUUUUGUGUUUCAUGUGCCCUCACAAGUGAGGUCCUAGAAACAAGUUAGGUACUGAAAAGAUGAUGUUUCAUUUCGGUUUAACGUUUCAAAUAGUAUGAAGUUGCUCAGAAAUCGAUCGCAACUCUAUGAGCUCCUCUUUACAAUUUUUCACAGUUUCACACAGGUCCUGGUGGAAUUCAAUUAAAUCUCUCAACUUCCCUCGACAUUAUCCGAGUACAUUGUCGCUUUUUGAAGUGCCCCCUCGAGUAGUGCUCAUCGGCUAGAUAGAGAACAUUGAAAUGUGAGAAGUGAUAAUAAGAUGAUACCCAUUGCAAAGUGUGCAGUACAAAGGUCGAAUAUUGAGGUUCAAAGGCUCAUCAAUAUGUUUGAAACUGUUUCAUGGACAUCAUGAAGCAAUCCAAUGCACACUUUUUCGUUGAUCUUUCAUCGGAAAAUUGCUUUUUUCGGACAAAAACUCGACUCGGCAAUCGUGUUUUCAGCUCGAAAUGCGGAUCGUCAAGUGCCGCCGCUCUUUUGUUUUCAUUUCCGAGAUCUUUGACACUUUCCACACCCACUUUCAGAAGGGUCCUCGUGGGAGUCACUGUCUCUCAUGGUGCAUUGAACAUUCGAACAUUCCACAUAUAAAUUCGGUAAUCGACUGGUCCUAUAAACUCCUAAAUUCUUGACCAAAGUCGGCGAUUUGAGUUGUUUUCUUGGUGGCGUCCGAGUUUUUCCUCCGAAAUUCUAGUCCCCCAACUUUACCGUUUCAACACCAGCUUGUGACAAUUUUUGAAAAGUGCAUCGCACUCUUAAAUUCGCCCUAUUCUUCUUCAAGUUUUAUGACCUUUUCGUUUCCAAAUUAAACUCAUGCAUUAUUCAAAUGUGAUCCCCUUUUCCAAAUGAGUUAGACUUCUUCUUCUUCUUCUUCUUCUUCUUCUUCUUCUUCUUCUUCUUCUCCUUCCACUUCCUCUCCGGGCCUGCUGCUCUUUUAAAAGAAUAACGCGGAAAUCUGAUCCGAAACCCAAAAAGUUUGUCCUUCUGUUUACCCCUCUUACUUUACACCACCAACUUUGUCCCCCAACGCCCCUAAAUCCGUGUGAAUUGUUGAUCUAUAAUUUAUUGCCAUUCGGAAUGACCUUGACCGCCUCGGGGAGCCUCUUUUGAAGAGAGUUUGAGCACAAGUGGGCUCGAGUCCUUUUCAAGUUGAGGAGGACGAAAACUUUUCCAGGUGUGUUCAACCAAAAUCAUCAGAGCAACCCGUUUCGUUUUGUCUUCCGAACCAUCUGAAACAGUGAGAGUGACUGGGUUUCGCGCGAUUUGCUUCUCCAUUUUACGGUUUCACGGAUGGAUCCGUGUUCUAGGCCAGAAUCGUUGGUAAAAUUGAAGCUCCACUGGUACAGAUCAUAACGCCAGUCUGGCGCCGAACUGAAGAGAAGCUGGUGAAACGGAGAACAAAGAAACGCGCAUCCGAUCGUUUUUUCCAUCAAAUUCCCUCCUUAUCACCAAGUUUUAUGAGAAUCGGAAGUGCGUUUCGACCUUCAACAAUAUCUCUUCUCGUUCUUCCAUUUGCAAACCGUUUCUUCUCACCAACUAUUAUUAUUAUCACCUCUUCAAACACUCUUAAAAUCCGAAAAGCCCGGGCGACGGGGAGAGACAAAUCUCGAAUUACUAAUGCACAUUCGCCCCCACUCAUUUUGAACGAUUCUGCACGAAAAGAUUGAUGAAAUUCCCGCUUUUUUUGACGGUGAGGAGAGGUCGGAUGAUGAGGGCUUUUUGAUCCGUUAAAAACGGGAAAUUGGAUUUUCGUCGUCCCGUGAUUGAAUUUUUGCCGUUUUCUCCUCUUGGAGCACUUAUUUUUAGAAAAAAUGCUCCUCUUUUACGGUUUCUCGAAGCAAUUUUGUGAUGACUUGUAGGAUCAAUGGAGAAAAUGUGCUUCUCCUACAAUCCCUUCACGACGAUUUGAAACAGUAUUUUGAUGAAAAAGUUACAGAUUACGGGGGUCCAGUUUCGAAGGAAAUGGCUCAAGUUUUGAAACUUCAGCGUCUCAAAGUUCAUCCGUUCCUCAAACACUAUCCGUUUCCACCAAAUGAUGCUCUUGUGUGCACAGGUUCACUGGUUCAAAGCAAACAUCCAUCCCGUUUUCACUUUUAAAUCACAAAAAGGACCCUUCUUCUCCUAUUCUUCUUUUUCUAUUUCUUCUCCGCCCAAUCGCUGCUCUAUUCUUUUGCGUGCGCGCGCGCGAAAAAGAACGAAAAAAGAGGAAAACAAAACAAGUUGACAAUGGGGGCCCUCCCCCUCCCCGAAAAGGAGCGAUGAGAAUUUGAUUGGGAAACGAGCACAGCCCCCCUCCCCACAAAAGACGUCUUCUGGAGAAGAAGAGAGAAGAAGAAGAAGAAGCAAAAGGACAUCAAAAUUUUAUACUAACUUUGAGUUUCGACUUUUUCGUCUCUCCCGCCCCCGGCCCGGCUCUCAAUCAAAGCGUUUCGUUUUCUUCGUUUCGCCCGCCCGUUUUAGUAUCGCCCAUUUCAUCUUCUUCUUUCUUUUUUCCGUAAAACAACGAGACUUGAACCUCCGAAACUGAAUUUGUUUUCAAUUUUUCAAAACCAGUUCCUUUGAUCAUUGAGAACUUUAAAACUGCGAUCCGAUCUGUUUCCCGAAUGAGUCUUGCGUAUCGUCAAUCCCAUCUUCUGCUCUUUUUGCUCUCCUCUCCGAGCAAAUUUGUUUCCAUUCAAAGAUUUCCUCUCUCUCUGUUUCCGGUUUCAGGACUUCUUUACUUUUCCAAGACUGUUGAGCCAACUCUGAUCUCAAUGUGUCAGUCGCUGUGACAAAAUACGGGCGGGAAAUUCAAACCAGGUGCACAAAAAACAAAUCAUACUGAAAUGUUCAUCUCAUACAAUCAUUUGUCGAAACUUUGAAACAGAGUGUGAUGAAAACAAUCAGGGGAGGGCCUUAUAAUAAAUCUAAUUAGAACUUUCGGUGUCUGUGUCUCUUCCCCGCCACUCUUUUACCCCCAUAUCAUGGCAGAUUCACCUUGAAAACAGCCACAAACAGUCCAUUUUUAGUCGUUGUCUUCUGGCCGCCCGCACGGCCGCCGCAAUCUGUUCGCUCUCCGUCUCUGCGCCCUCCGCCAUCCGCACACUCUCUCUCGGCCUUCGGAUAAUCCGGUCAACCCAGAUAGACGAAGCGAAAACGCUUCUUGUACACGUCCAAAUGCAUCUUUUUCCCUUCGUUUCCCGUCAUCUUUUCGAUGGAUAGAUGGCGGGAAUAAUAUAAAUGGACGAUGAUCAGGCGAAUAUUUGCAUGAUCUUCGAGCUUUUUCGCCGUUUUUAGCGUCGCCGCCGCUCCUCACAGCGCCAGUGGUGACGCCGCCGUGGCGACGCGAACAAAGUUUCUCAAGUUUCGUGCUGCGCCUUUAAAACUACCGUACUCCCGUUAUGAGCGUUUUCUGUUAUUUCAGCCGGGUUUUCUCACUUUUUAAUCAAUUUUUCACUCGAAAAUCGCUGAAACCUGGCUGAAAGACCCGAAAAACCCCCCGCCAAAAGUGGUAUGGGCUACGGUAGUUUUAAAGGCGCAGCACCAAAGUUAAAAAAAAACAUUUUCAUUUUCUCAUGCGACCACGCCAAAAAUAACUGUGAUAUCAUCGAAUUCCCAGACACUUUUGUCACGUUUUUCGCCCCGAUAUUGUGAAAUUCACCACUACUACUAGAAUCAGUGUAAUAAGUGGGGGAGAACAGAUCUUUGUGUGAUAGCGAUUCGGACGAGGAAGAAUAUAAAUAAAUCACUUUACUUUUCGGCAACUCGUCUAGACAACGAGAUUGUCGGAUUCUAGGCCACCGUUUUAUCGUCAAAAUUUCAAACUUUUCAUCGCUGAUUUCCGCAUCGCUUCCCAACAUUUUCCCAAUCAGUGUGUGUUCUCUAUGACUCAUUUUUCGAUUUGUCCCCCCCUUCCUUCUCUUUCUGUUUGUGUACUGGCCAGGGUGUAAUAGGCAACGUUUUUGUGGCGCCCCAACAUUAUUUUUGCGAGAUUGGGAACGAGAAAAAGGGCGUUUUCCGUUUCAAACUGGUCAUGCUCGAUUCUGAACAUGUGCCUACUGCUCAAAUACAAAAUUGCCGGUCGCUCUUCCAUUUUUCCGCAAUUCUAGGCCGUGAGAGCCCGCGAAAUUUGCAAUUUUCCAAAGUUUCGCCAUAAACACGCUUAUUUGAGGAAUCACGCGAGGAAUUCCCAAAAAUUUCAGUGAAAUUCAACGAAAUGUGUAGGAAACUGUAAAAAAAAACUCGCGUUUUGAAAUUUUUCACAUUUUUCUGCCGUCGCUCGAUUUCCCCGUUCUCAAAGUAUCGCCCAGUCGGCAAGUAGACCACCGGGAUCUUAUAUUCAUCGAUGAUCAGCAGGAAUAUUGCAAAAAUCGUCGGGCGUCGGGCUCUUGCUGCUCCUCCGGACACACACACACACAUUUUUAUAUCUUCUUCCUCUUUUUCUUCUUCUUCUUCUUCUUUUUCUUCUUCUUCUCGUCCCUAUCUCUUCCACUCAUUUACACAUCAUGAAAUAAAUUCUGGAGCUCUCGGUGCCGCCGCCGCCGGCUGCCUGCCUCCCCAAUUUCCUCUCUGCCCCUGCGUCUCUUCCCUCUCCAACUCUCUCUCUCAGUGUCCAUCCGGUCAUUUCCCCUCCGUUUCUUUUGCCGUCCUUAUCAGUCGAUUCCCUCCUUCCCAUCACUUUUUCUCUAUUCGCUUCGAUUCCACUCCGACCACCGCACUCAGACCCUGGAUCACGGCGCGUCGCACGGCAACAAAAGCGUCUCGUCGGCCCGAUUACCGGACGCUUUGGCUCUGUGUCUCAAGGCGACUCGCAUGGAAACGAAAGAGUUCGAGUUCCGGCCCGCCAAGGAGACGUCGCGCUCCAAGAGUCCCGGCGGCAUCGUCGGAAGACUCUCCAACUUUGCGCGCAACAAAACGCGCCACUCGCUCUCCGAAAAAGGCUCGAAUUCGGUGGGCGGCGGCAGUGGCGGCGGCGGCGGCGCGUUCGAACGGCCCCGAAAGGUUUGCAACUGUUUGUCUAUUCAGAAUGUGUUCGUGAGAGAGUCUCUUCAAAAAUCGACGAGGUGAAACUGUGAACUUUUCUCUGCACGGUUUUUUGUUGCUAUAUUCACACUAAAUUUGUGUCGAGAAGCGUCAAAAACAGUUUUUUUUUUGAAUAAAAUAAAGCAAUUUUGAAAUUUUUUCGCUCUUCAGAACCGUCUUUUUGUGAUUUACUUGUUUUUCCGAUACCAAUUCGAAUUCCGCGCGUUUUUAUGGCGAUACUGCUCGAUUUUGGCGGAAAAAUGCCUUGAAGAUCUCGCCUAAAAUCUAAAUGAUAAACUAUCGCCAGAGUCUCUGAAAUGUUCGCAAUGAAACGUAAAAAAAAACAGUUAUUGUCGAGCUGCAAAAGUGUUGUUGUUCAGUUUCAAUCAGUUCACAUGGAAAUGUCUGAAAUCAUUUUUAUCACAAAAUGUUCAGGACCUGCUGAAAGAGUUCCAAAAAUGCAAAGAAUCGCAGGAGCAACGGCUCGACCUGAGCUCCAUCGACAUUACGAGCAUUCCGUCGCCGAUUAAAGAGCUCUCGCAGCUCACGGAGCUCUUCCUCUACAAGGUACUCUUCUUCUUUUUUUUUUUCGGAUCUGUUAUCAUUUCCGCCCCCGCUCCCUGUAGAGAAUGAUAAGGAAACGGGUUGUGAUUCGCAUUUCCGGCCAUCAUAAAUCAGACGCCCACUCGCUUCUUGCCUCUUUCAGAACAAACUGACAUGUCUGCCGACGGAAAUCGGGCAAUUGGUGAACCUGAAAAAGCUGGGGCUCUCCGAAAACGCGCUCACCUCACUGCCCGACUCGCUCGCCUCGUUGCUCUCACUCGAAACGCUCGAUCUCAGGCACAACAAGCUCACCGAGGUACGCUACAAAGUGUGUGUACAGUACAAGUACAGUAAUCACAGGUCCCGCCGGUCAUCUACAAAAUCAGCUCACUCGAGACUCUUUGGCUGAGGUACAACAGGAUUGUGGCCGUCGACGAGCAGAUUGGCAAUCUUGUCAGGUCAGAAAGGAGCGGACGGUUCGAGAAGUUGAACGGAAUGGUUUCCAGGUUGAAGAUGUUGGAUGUGAGAGAGAAUAAGAUCAGAGAACUUCCGUCGGCCAUCGGAAAAUUGUCCUCGCUCGUCGUCUGUUUGGUGUCUUAUAACCAUUUGACACGUGUGCCCGAAGGUAUUUCCGGUUUCAACUGGCUCACAAAUAACUAGCCCCCCCCCCCCUCCACUUUUGAAACGUUCUGUUUGGAGCUCGACGUUCGUAUGCAGAAGAAUCAUAUCGACUUGCAGAGAUCGGCGAGUGUCACUCGCUCACUCAACUCGAUCUGCAGCACAACGACCUCUCGGAGCUACCGUACUCGAUCGGGCAGCUCACGAAUCUCGUGCGAAUCGGAAUCCGCUACAACAAGAUUCGCAUCAUUCCGAGCGAGUUGGAAAACUGUCAGCAGUUGGAGGAGUUCAUCGUCGAGAGCAAUCAUUUGCAGCUCUUGCCGGUUAGUUUCAACGGUGAAACUGUACAAUGUCAAUCAGAGAAAUAAGGGCACCCCAAAAACCGUUUGUUCAAAUCAAUGUAUCUCAGUUGGCAGUAGAGAUAUCAAAAAUGUGUCAACUAAUAAAAUGUUCACUAAGAAAUUCUGUACAUUUUAUCAGUUGACGACUUUUUGAUAUCUCUACUGGCAGCUGAGAUAUAGCGUCUUAUAUUGGGGUAACCGAUUUCCACGUGAUUUUGUAGUUGCGACAGACUAAACUUGAAAUCCUAGUUGCCAAAUUGAGAACUUUUGAAACUGUAAACGUAAAACUCUGUAAUUUCCAGCCGAACCUGCUGACAAUGCUGCCGAAGAUCCACACGGUCAACCUGUCGCGCAACGAACUGAGCGCGUUCCCGGCCGGCGGUCCCCAGCAGUUCGUGUCGACGGUCACGAUCAACAUGGAACACAAUCUGAUUGCGAAGAUUCCGAUUGGAAUAUUCUCAAAAGCCACGCGACUGACAAAGUUGAAUUUGAAGGAGAACGAACUGAUUUCCCUGCCUCUCGGUGAGAUUUGCAUUAAUUUUCCAUAGAAAACAUGAAUUCCGUGCAGAUAUGGGCUCCUGGACAUCCAUAACCGAGCUGAAUCUGUCCACAAAUCAGCUGAAAGUGCUUCCGGAAGACAUCGAGAAGCUCGUCAACCUCGAGAUCCUCGUCCUCUCCAAUAAUCAACUCAAAAAACUGCCAAACCAGAUCGGAAAUCUCAAAAAACUGCGAGAACUCGACCUGGAGGAGAACGAACUGGAGACGGUGCCCACUGAAAUCGGUAGGCGAGUCGGAUAUUGUAGAUCAAAGCGACGUUGUUCAGGAUUCUUGCAACAUCUGACCAAGCUGUGGGUCCAAUCGAACAAGAUCAUCACCCUGCCGAGAUCCAUCGGAAAUUUGUGUUCCCUUCAGGAUCUGCGACUCGGCGAGAACAAUUUGACGGCGAUUCCCGAAGAGAUUGGUCGGUUUUUACACUUUUCUGAAACUGAAAUCAUUCGCCAACUCUGUCCGCUUUGCUUUUUGUAACUUUAUGUGCAAAGUCCAGUAAAAUACUGGUAUUUUACGCAAAAAACCCUAUUUAAAUGAGGAAAAAACUGGGAAAAAGAAACCCUGUUCGUUGCGAGACCCGUGCUAACAAAGGCAUGCGCCUUUAAACAAUUUAACAGAGCGCCCGGUUGUGUUUAAAGGCGCAUGCCAUUAAAGCGCGGGUCUCGCAACGAACACCGUCUUUUUUCUCUAAACUUUUUUUACAAUUAGAUGAAACAAUGCCUAGAACAAUAGCAUGAACAUCUAUUUUUCCUCAAAUGACUUUCAUGAAACACUUUUUCCCGUUUCAGGUCACCUGGACUCUCUGAAAUCCCUGUACCUCAACGACAAUUCGUCGCUUCACAAUUUGCCGUUCGAGCUGGCACUGUGCCAAUCUCUGGAAAUCAUGUCGAUCGAGAACUCGCCGCUCUCGCAAAUUCCGCCCGAAAUCACUGCGGGCGGUCCGAGUCUCGUGAUACAGUACCUCAAAAUGCAGGGCCCUUAUCGAGGAGUUGUGAUGACGCAGGGACAGUAA